GUAUGUGCGUGCCAUGCACUACAUAUGUAUUUACGGGACCCCGUAUUUACGUGUACAUAUUAUGUGUAGGCCUACGCACGUACGUCGUCCACAGACUUGAUCCUCGUGUUUUGGAACUGAAUUGAAGGGGGUAGAUGCAGCAUGUAUACCCAUUAAACUUUUGUGAGAGUGUGAGUAUUGCAUCAUGGGUGGCUGCUGUUGCAAUAACAACGAUGCUACAGAAGAUGAUGGUGAGGAAAAAUGCAUCAUAGCUGAUGACGAAGAGCAGGAGCCAUCGUCCAAGGGUUAUGGCUCUGUGUCAACAGUGGAGGAUAAACAUGAACUACAGUAUCAAGAACCACCCGACACAAAUAGGAACGUGAAACAAAGCCCUAGCACAGAUGAGCUUACACAGUCAGCAGAACCAUCAUCUGAUGAACAGUCAUCUACCAUUGAUCUCCAUGUAUCAAAGAGCGGUAUAUCACUCCAGCAAACCUCAGAAGGUCAAGCUUCUGAGACUGAGGUGACUAGCAAUCUUGAUGAAGCAGUCAGUGAUGAUAUGUCACAGGGUGAUGUGGAUAGGGAGAUAGAUGAGUUAGUGGCAGCAGCAAUGGCUGCCAAGGUUGUCUAUCCACCAAGUGCUGCUCAGGAGGAAUCUUCAUUGUGUCGAUCUCCUAAACCAUCUGCUGGCCAUGAACCAUCUACCAUAUCAACCCAGGACCUUGCAGCAUCAGACCAGGAUGAAGACAGCGAUCAAGAGGCCACACCUUCUAAAGGCCUAUCACUCAUUAAGAAAACACAGCUGUCAUUCAAGAGAGCCAAGGCUAGGGCAACAUCCAUGGUCUCGAUGCCUUCUAAGAGUAGCAGUGGCGAGCAGAUUGAAAAGCAACGCAAAAGUCUUCAAGAGAAAAAAACAUCUCGGCCGGACAAAAAAAAGUUCAGCAUGGAGGAAAGAGCCAUGGAGGGAGAUGUCAAGAAGCCAUUGUAUUCAAAGAAAAACAGCAGGGAGUCGCAGACUACCGGUACUGCCAGCAAAGUAGGAACUAAGGCAGGUAAAAAGAAAACGGGAUUUAUUCCUGGAGAACGGAUGAGAUCUCACUAUGCUAAAGAUCGAGUUGGCAAGUUUGAGGUUGAACGAGAUGUUAGAGAAAAAAUGGCAGCUCAUAAAUCAGCAAGUGACCCAAGAAAGGCUGCAUUGGAACGGGGGGAACGUCUUGGCCAACUUGACGAUACCAUCCAAGAUAUGAGAGAUCAUUCCUCCUCUUUUGCUCAGGUAGCACGACAACUUCGGGAUGAACAACGAGGCAGAACAUCCACGUUUCCAUGGUGAUAAGAAACUAGUACAGAAUUUUUAAUCCAAAUUUAAAAGUUUCUCACAGCCUUCGGUUGGGAACAUUUUAUCCAAAAUGGUUCAGUUUGGGUUCGGCUGCUAAGAGCAAAUUGGGGAGUGGACUACAGUUAACCAUAACUGGACUAGCUUCACUCAAAGAAUGAUGGUUGGACUACUCCAGUCAGAUAUUUAGAACUGGACUACUGGGCACUGUUCCAUCACUGGUUACCUAUAGCCGUGUGCAUCAUAAAUCACAACGG